CUUUUUUUCCUCUUUUUUUUUCAGAAAAAAAAUAAAAUAAACCAAAAAAGUUUUACUAUAAACAAAAUGACCGAAGAAACAAUCAUAUUGAAUGUUGGAGGCGUAAAGUACGAAACAUUUCGUUCAACACUCACGGCGUACCCGAAUACCAUGCUCGGAACAAUGUUUAGUGAACGUAACAAAAUGACUCUUAAAUCGGAUGAUAAUAAAACAUAUUUUAUUGACCGUAAUGGAUAUGCCUUUUAUUACAUUAUGGAAUUUUAUCGUACUGGCAAAAUUUUAUGGCCCGGUGAAAUUAAAAAUCAAGAAAAUAUGAUGAAGCUUGUUACUAUUCAACAACUUGAAAUAGAAAUAGAGUAUUUUCAAAUUCCAUUUGAUGAUACUUUUUUAUUUCUUGUUCAUAAGUCGGCUGCAAAUGUUAUUGAUAAAAUUAUUUUAUCACUUAUUCAAAUGAUUAAAAUUCAUUUAGAAAAUUUUGGUGAUGUAAUUUCUAUGUUGAUUAAGGAAUCUUCUAUUGAAUUUUCUCAAGACCAAAAUCAACCUAAGUUAGAGUUACUUAUUCCUGCAUCACAUUCAGCAUUACUUCAUAAAUUUUUAAAACAUAAUGAUAAAUCGAUAGGAAAUUAUCUUGAAUCAAAAUUUUCUCAUAUUAAUUUAGUAUGGUCAUGCACGACUUAUACAAUUUUUAAAAAUUCCUUUGCUUUUUUAGUCAGAAUUUCAUUCGAGUUAAAUUUUAAUAGAAUACUUGACUAUUCAAUCAUAAGAAAUUAGUUGAUAUCCCGCUUAAUAUAGAAUUUAUCCUAUAUGAAUUUAUUCACGACAAAUGAUUUGUUUUGAAUUAAAAUACUUUAUCGAAAAGAUUAGUUGAGGGUUUGAGAUUUUAAUUAUAAAAUAUUUACGAAAUUUUUAAAGUUGGAAUAAUUAUUGGUUAUUACGUAAUUGGAUUUUUACUUGUAUUAAACUAUCAUUUAUUCAUAUUAAAUUGUUAAAUUGCUAAAGAUCGAUCAAGCUUUUAUUAAUGUAUUAACUUAUAUAAUAAAUCAAGUAUUAUUGGCAUUUGAG